CUGCGCGCUGGGAGGAGGACCGAGUCAUCGGGCUGCGGAUGAACAUGGCAGCUGCGUUGUUGAGGCGGGGCCGCGGGGUCCUGAGAAGUCUUUCUCACUUUGACUGGAGAUCACAACAUACAAAAGCUGCCCUGAAACAUAAACAAGGAUUGGGAUUUAGCUUUGAGUUCACUGAACAGCAGAAAGAAUUUCAAGCUACUGCUCGUAAAUUUGCUAGGGAGGAAAUAAUCCCGGUUGCUGCAGAAUAUGAUAAAACUGGCGAGUAUCCUGUCCCCAUAAUUAAAAGAGCCUGGGAACUUGGUUUAAUGAAUACACACAUUCCAGAAAGUUGUGGAGGCCUUGGACUUGGAACUUUUGAUGCCUGUUUAAUUACUGAAGAAUUGGCUUAUGGGUGUACAGGAAUUCAGACUGCUAUUGAAGCAAAUUCUUUGGGGCAAAUGCCUGUUAUUAUUGCUGGAAAUGAUCAACAAAAAAAGAAAUAUUUGGGGAGGAUGACUGAAGAGCCAUUGAUGUGUGCCUACUGUGUAACAGAACCUGGAGCAGGCUCUGAUGUAGCCGGUAUAAAGACCAAAGCAGAAAAGAAAGGAGAUGAAUAUAUUAUUAACGGUCAGAAGAUGUGGAUAACCAAUGGAGGAAAAGCUAAUUGGUACUUUUUAUUGGCUCGUUCUAAUCCGGAUCCUAAGGUUCCUGCUAGUAAAGGCUUUACUGGAUUUAUUGUGGAAGCAGACACCCCAGGGAUACAGAUUGGAAGAAAGGAAUUAAAUAUGGGUCAGCGGUGUUCAGAUACAAGAGGAAUUGUCUUUGAAGAUGUGAAAGUGCCUAAAGAAAAUGUUUUAAUUGGUGAGGGAGCUGGUUUCAAAAUUGCAAUGGGAGCUUUUGAUAAAACCAGACCUCCAGUAGCCGCUGGUGCUGUGGGACUAGCACAAAGGGCUUUGGAUGAAGCUACCAAGUAUGCCCUGGAGAGGAAAACUUUUGGAAAGCUGCUCGUAGAGCACCAAGGAGUAUCAUUUUUGCUGGCCGAAAUGGCAAUGAAAGUUGAACUAGCUAGAUUAGCUUACCAGCGAGCCGCUUGGGAGGUUGAUGCUGGUCGUCGAAAUACCUUUUAUGCAUCUGUUGCAAAGGCAUUUGCUGGAGAUAUUGCAAAUCAGUUAGCUUCUGAUGCUGUGCAGAUUUUUGGAGGCAAUGGAUUUAAUACAGAAUAUCCUGUAGAAAAACUAAUGAGGGAUGCCAAGAUCUAUCAGAUUUAUGAAGGUACAGCACAAAUUCAAAGGCUUAUUAUAGCUCGUGAACACAUUGGCAAGUUUAAAAAUUAACAAGAUUGCUGUAGAAACGUGAUUAAUUGUUGAGCAAAUAGAACAUAAUCCAGUAUUUAAGCUACAAAAAAGAGAAAGGGCUUUACGACUUUUCCCAGUGAAAAUCUUAAAAUAAGUACUGUUAACUAAACAUAUGCAACUGAUUCUAAUAGUAGUUUUACGUUUGUUUGAUUUUAUGACUUGCCUUUCCUCAAAUAGAUUUGGUUCCAUUAAAAUUAUGUGUUGUCCUCAGUACCACUGUACUUGAACUAUAUUAACCUUGAAAAAUACAUUUGUUUUGUUAUUUUGACUUCUUAAAGUAACAAAUUCCUUGGAAUUUUAAUGUUUUUCCAAUGACAGAAAAGUGGGUUUAUAAAAGUAUUUAGGAUGUUCUAAAAUUUACAUUGAGGAAAUUUUGUCAGAUUUGGAUGCCAUCAAAUAACUUGCCAGUGAUUUUGUAGACUUAAUGAUGCUGUGCUAGAGGAGUUCAUUUUGUUGUAAUUUGGAAAGCAUUUGUUUUCAAUUUUGUACAGUAAUUGUAAAAAAAUUGAUGUUCAUAUUCUCCCAUUAUACAACAACCAGAAGUUAAUUCUGAGCCCACAUUUCACUUGCCUUAUUUAAAAUAAAUCUAUAAAAUUUGCCUUAAAUUAUUUUUAUAUGACUCCAUUGAUCUCUGGGUAGCUUUUGGUUUAUUGUACACAAUCUCAUUUCAUGUGCAUACUUUCUGAAAAGAAACGUAAAUAAAAUUAUUCAAUACUUAUUAGCA